AUGGCACAUCCGCUGCAGCAAGACACCUGCUCGGCCUCUGGGCUGGAGGAAGGCGACUGCGGAGGAAUGAGUCUCAGGAAAGUGGCUCUCGUCACUGGCAUCACCGGCCAGGAUGGCUCAUACUUGGCAGAGUUCCUACUGGAAAAGGGCUAUGAGGUGCAUGGAAUUGUCCGUAGAUCUAGCUCUUUUAACACUGGACGGAUUGAACAUCUCUACAAGAAUCCACAAGCUCACAUAGAAGGAAACAUGAAGCUGCAUUAUGGAGAUCUUACAGAUAGUACUUGUCUGGUGAAGAUAAUUAAUCAAGUAAAGCCUACAGAAAUUUACAACCUUGGAGCACAAAGCCAUGUCAAAAUAUCUUUUGAUUUAGCGGAAUAUACAGCUGAUGUAGAUGGAAUUGGCACUUUACGACUCCUAGAUGCUAUCAAGACCUGUGGUCUUAUAACCUCUGUGAAGUUCUACCAAGCCUCAACUAGUGAACUUUUUGGGAAAGUGCAAGAAAUACCACAAAAAGAGACUACUCCAUUUUAUCCCAGAUCACCAUAUGGGGCAGCCAAACUAUAUGCUUAUUGGAUUGUAGUGAACUUCAGGGAGGCCUACAAGCUGUUUGCUGUGAAUGGUAUUCUCUUCAACCAUGAAAGUCCCAGGAGAGGGGCUAAUUUUGUAACUCGAAAAAUUAGCCGUUCAGUCGCUAAGAUUCACCUUGGGCAACUGGAAUGUUUCAGCUUGGGCAAUUUGGAUGCCAAAAGAGACUGGGGUCAUGCCAAGGACUAUGUUGAGGCUAUGUGGCUGAUGUUGCAAGUAGAUGAACCAGAAGACUUUGUGAUAGCUACUGGGGAAGUCCACAGUGUCCGUGAAUUUGUGGAGAAGGCAUUUGAGCAUAUUGGAAAAACCAUUGUGUGGGAAGGCAAGAAUGAAAACGAAAUAGGCCGAUGCAAAGAAACUGGGAAGAUCCAUGUGACGGUUAGUCUCAAAUACUACAGACCAACUGAAGUGGAUUUUCUUCAAGGCGAUUGCACUAAAGCAAAGCAGAAACUCAACUGGAAACCCAGAGUCGCUUUUAACGAGCUGGUGAAGGAGAUGGUGGAAGCAGACGUGGAACUUAUGAGGAACAACCCCAACGCGUGAACCUUCUCCAGCUCCUUUCAUAGAG